AUGCAGAACCCUGGAGCACCGGCAGAUCAGCGAUCCGCUGGCACCACCGCAUCCAAAUCGCCGGCCACGCCGGGCCGCCGCCAUCCCCCGCGCCGUCCGGGUCAGAGACGGAGCCGCCGACCGCGCACAGGGACCACCGCCGCCUGCACACGCCGGAGCGCCGCCGAGAGCCCAGCGCCCGCCACCGCUUGCCGAGGGCCGCCGCCGCGCGCCCUGAGCGGACUCCCACGCACACCAGGGGAAACUGUCGUCGCCCCCAAGCCCGCGCCGGCGCGCCCCGCCUCCAGCGCGCCGCCAACCGCCGCCACGAUCCGCCCGCGCCAGAUCCAGCGAGCCGUGGGAGAAGAGGUCCCGCCGCAGCCGACGCCGACCGGGCUUUGCCCGGCGGCGGCGAGGAGGAGAGAUCGGGGGAUGGACAAGGACGCGGCGGCGCUAGGAUUCCCCCGGUCACUGCGCAGUGGCGACUCGGGAGGAGUCGGGUGA